GGGACCCUGUCCCAGAGCUACCAGUACGAGGUGUGUCUGUCUGGAGGUUCCGAGACAAAUGAGUUCAAGUUUCUGAAGCCAAUCAUUCCCAAUCUGGUGCCCCGGGGAGGCGAAAUGGAGAAAGCCCCGCCUUUCUGAAUGGCAUGGAAUUCAAUUAGGGGUUUGAUUAUGAUGCAGAACUUUUAGAAUGAGUGUAUUUCUUUGAAAUCUUAUUCAUUGUUAGGUAGUUUUUCAUUUUGGGUAACUUCAUUUUACUCAAGAGUUUUCACUAAAGAAUUUAAGUCUAUUUUUUGUUGUUUUUAUUAACUGUGAAAAAAUUGAGAGAGCUGGAAUUUGCUUAGUCUUUCUUCUCAAAUGCAACCUCAAAUAAUAUAUUCACAUAAUUCACAUACACAUUAUUUUUCCUUCAAGUUUAAUUGCACACUGGGCUCAUUCACAUUUCUGGGUGUUCUGACUGUGGAUCCUCUAACCAAAGCAGUUUUUAUAUGAUUGAGAAUAUUAUUACAGACAUAAUAUGAAUCAAAACAUAAUUGCUUGUUAUCUGGUUAGGUUGGUUUUUAAAAUGUUAUCUAGUUUAAGUUUUUCUUUUUAAAAAAUCUAUAAUCUUUACAUUCUACUUUUCUGGCAAACAUUGCAGAAAAUUUUUCCUGUACUUAGGGGUUUUUCCCCCCCAUAUAUAUAUAUACAGCUCAUGCUCCUUUCUUGUCUGAGAACUUCUCUAUACUACCCAAGAGAAGUGAUCACUAGUGUGAUGCUUAUUCCAUUGUAGGCCUUCUUUUCUCUCUUCUUCUUCUUCUUUUCUUCUUCUUUCUUUUUUGUUUGCUUGUUUUAAAGAGAUGGGGUCUUGCCAAGUCACACGGGCUGGUCAUGGACUCCUGGGCUCCAGUGAUCCUACCACCUCAGCUUCCCAAAGUGUUGGGAUUAUAGGCAUGAGCCCUGAUCAUUUUUUAUUGAUCCCGUGAUAGAUUCUUGAUUUCAGCUAGAAUAGCAACAUUCUCCAAACUUCUAAAUUUGUGAUUGAGAUAUAAUUCAACACUUUUUCUUCUUGAAUAAGUGUUGAGCAUAGGCUGAGGUAGCCAUGUUUAUACUUGUGUAACUGGAAGCUGAGAAUGGUUUCUAGAUAGAAAGAAAAAGGAGAGAAAAUGGAAGGAAAGAGUAAAAGUGAAAGGAGGAGGCAGAUACCUAGGAAACAGUAGAGACUAAGAUAGCUACUUAGUUCUAGACCUGUCCACCUAAGUCCAGUUCCAACUAAGUCCCCGGUGUCUAAUUGCUCUUGGGUUCAGACUCCAUUGCUAAUAGCAAAAUUCUUUUGUUUAACCUGUCUUGAACGGGAAUUCUUGAAAUUAAGAGACUUGAAAGGUAUGUACAACCUUGAGUACUCAAUUAGACUAUGUACCGUGAAACCCCGGUCUUUUACUGCAUGCUUCUAAUAUUAACUUAAUGAAUGAAAUGCAGGAUGUACAAGCUUAGAGAUAACAAUUCUAUAUGAGAGGCUUAUGUAACAAAAUUUAAAUUUGUAAAUAAUUUAUCAGGUUUUCAACAGAUAAAUGCUACAAAGGACUUUAUGAAAUGUCUCAUUAACUUAAGUCUCCCUCCAUUAUUUUAUGUGUCCCAGGAUUACUUUUUAAAUAAUAUUUUUAGUUUAAAAAUAAUAAUAACACUGAAAUUGUUAUGGGUUGGGUGUCUGUACCUUUUCUCAGGAUCCUCAUACCCUCCUUAGCAGACUCUUUCUUUUAAAAAUUAUUUGCUGAGUUCAGUGUGAACAGAAUUAUUUUUGUCAUAUAAUAUAAAAUAUUUUGACUCCAUAAAUAGUCCCAAUUUAUAGAACAUACGGUUUGAUUCAUGAUUUCAGUUAUAGAAAUAAAUAUUAUUUGAUUGAUAUACUCUACUGCUAGAAAGCCUAAUGAAAAAAUUUAAGUUUCUGCCAAGCCUAGGAGCUAAGAUCUAAGAAAGAGGAAAAUGUAUCCAAGAGAUGAAAGAUGGGAAAGAAAAACUAACUUUGAUCCAUUAGGUUACUGACAUAGGUACAAGCUUCUAUCCCAGUAAUAUUCAAAACUGCAUAUACAUUCAGGACACAUUUUCUUGGACAUGUGAAUUCAUAAUAAUGAAUUUGGACCCGUGACCAAUAUAUUUCUGUAAGGAAAAUUGUCCAUCAGAUUUUGACUGUGACUGGCAUGUUCCCAUAUUUUGAAAGUUUAAUCAACUUUGUAUAGAAGGAAACAUUCUAAAAUAGAAUGUUGAUUUGAGUGAUUUAUACCUUAAGAGAAUUAAACCAAUAUGAAACACAAAAUUCUUAUUUGGUUCAUCUUUAGUUUUCACAGUUAGCUAGGUAAUUAGAAUGCCAGAACGCAUAGUAGUGUCUAUUAUUUAAACAUUGUGAGUAAAACAUUGUCUAAAGUUGGUGCAGUUGGGAAGACCCCAAGUUGUUUUCCUUUUCCUUAGAAGUAAGAGAAUUUCAGUUCCAUGCUAGCAUGUCAGGAUUCCAAGGAAUCCACAAGAGAUAUGUGAUUGUUUACUAAAAAUGAGUUGAGAUCUUCUCUAGUUGGGAAUAAGCUUAACCAGCUAUUUCAGGUGAACUGAUUUUCUUCUGCAUUUUACUUUUUACUUUAACUUCAGCCAUUAUAUCAGUGAUCUUGGCUGUCUCCCUCUUCAAAAUCUCAGUGACUGACUCUCAGCUUCAACAUGUGUGUAUCUCAGUAUUAACAAUAGAUGGUGAUGCUCUUUAUGAAUUAUUUUAGAUAAUGUAACAAGGCAACAUAACAAGCUCACAGUUCUUAGACAAUAUUCACAAAUAAGUUAUCCACAACUCCUUAAGCUACCUAUUGAGUUUGCAUAAUAAACUAGCUUUAGCUAGUACAUCGCUUAAGUUCAUACUCCUGAAAUGUGAGAAUGAAUCUCUCCAUCUACUCUGCUAGCAGUGAGUUAAGAGUUUAAUGGGAUAUAUACUUUUUUUAGGAAUAGGCUGAUAACUACACACCUUUUUCUGCUUAAUUUCCCCAGAGCCUCCACUAUACAACAUAGAAGACAUUAUAUUGUAAGCUCCAUGAGGACAUACAAGGGAUUUGUAUCCUCAGUACUUAGUACAGUGACUGGCGCAUAAUCUGAAAUCAUAAGUAUUUGUUGAAUAAACAAAUUUCAUUAACUUUGCACUUGCAUCAUUUCCCAAAGGGUCAGGUACCACUUCCACAUUCAUAAUCUCACAAGAUAGUAGAAGGCAGAAUUUUAAUUUAUAAGCCACCCCGUAUAUAUAAUCCAUGAUUUUUGCACAACUCUGAGGAAGUAGAAUACAUGUUUUGUGAAAUACUUAGAAAACUAGGUUUAAGUACAACACAUGGUGGCGCUGUAAGCUAAGGCUGCGGGAAAACAGGCUUGCAGAUGGUUACGUCUCUGGUUACAAUUCAGACUGUCACAUAUAGAUCUGUCAAAGAGAAGAGACUUUCUUAACCGAAAAUUGCCGUUGCGGCAAGGAUUGAUUCCCAGAGCCGAUUGCCUACCGACACAGCACAAGAAUCCGGACUCUGAAGGCUGUUGGUGUUGGAGAAAUGGAAGCUGAAAAGGAGCACUUUCCUAGACUAAGGCAAGUUCUGCUUCUCUUUGUUAUGCUGUCUCAGACUUGCGCGGAGCGGAACGUUUAUACUGUAGCAGAAGAAACAGAAAGCGGUUCUUUUGUGGCCAAUCUAGCAAAGGACCUAGGGCUAGGAGUAAGAGAAAUAUUCCAGCGGAGGGCUCGGGUUAUUUUUAAUAACAACAAAAAAUAUUUUCAGCUAAACCUUCAGACCGCAGACCUUCAAGUAAAUGAGAAACUGGAUCGGGAAGAAAUGUGUGGCACCACUGAGCCUUGUGUGCUGCAAUUCCAGGUGUUACUGGAAGAACCUUUGGAGAUAUAUAGGUUUAAACUUCUGGUCAGUGACAUAAAUGACAAUUCCCCUGUGUUCCCAGAAGGAGAAAUGAUUUUGAAAAUCAUGGAAAAUACUCCUCCAGGAACUGUAUUUCCUCUGAUAAAUGCACAAGAUUUGGAUGUGGGCAUCAAUAACAUUCAAAACUACAUCAUCUACCCCAACUCCCAUGUCCACGUUCUCACCCAAAAUGGCAGUGAAGGCAGAAAAUACCCAGAGCUGGUUCUGGACAAAGCCCUGGAUCGGGAGGAGCAGGCUGAGCUCAGGUUAACUCUCAUGGCAGUAGAUGGUGGGGCCCCUCCCAGAACUGGGACUGCUCUGGUCCUCGUUGAAAUCUUGGACAUCAAUGACAAUGCACCUGAGUUUGUGCAGCCACUCUAUCAGGUGGAGAUCUCAGAAGACAGUCCCCUGGAAUCCCUUGUUGCCACUGUUUCCGCUAGAGAUUUAGACAUGGGAAUUAAUGGUGAAAUAUUCUACUCAUUUUUUUAUGGUGAUGAAGAGAUUUCCAAGACAUUUGCACUUAAUGAACGAACGGGAGAAAUUAAAAUAAUCAGAAAAUUAGAUUUUGAAAAAAUUGUGGCAUAUGAGGUAGAUAUUAAAGCCUCUGAUAGGGCAGGUCUUUCUGGAAAAUGCACUGUCAAAAUACAUGUGGUAGAUAUCAACGAUAACGCACCAGAACUGACGAUGGCUUCAUUCAGAAGCCCCAUCCCUGAAAAUUCUCCCGAGACCACGGUAGCUCUUUUCAGCAUUCAAGACCGAGAUUCUGGGGAAAAUGGAAGAAUAGUUUGCUCAAUUCAAAAUGGUGUUCCAUUCAUACUGAAACCUUCCGUUGAGAAUUUCUACAGGUUGUUAACAGAAGGACCACUGGACAGAGAGAUUAGAGCCAAGUACAACAUCACCAUCACAGCCACGGACCUGGGGACACCCAGGCUGAAAACCGAGUACAACAUAACCGUGCUGAUCUCCGACGUCAACGACAACGCCCCAGCCUUCACACAGACCUCCUACACCCUCUUCGUCCGCGAGAAC